AACAAAAACAAAAAGCAAAAACAAAACUGUGCGUGAAGGGGGAGGAAAAGCAGGGCCUUUUAAAAAGGGAAUCACAACAACUUUUGCUGCCAGGAUGCCUUUGCUUUUGAAGAGAGGAUUUCUGUUGGUGCUUUGCUGGAUUAUAGUGAGGAGUUCCCCAACCCCAGGAUCCGAAGGGCACAGUUCAGUCACUGACUGUCCAUCAUGUGCCCUUGCCACGCUCUCCAAGGAUGUGCCCAGCUCACAGCCAGAGAUGGUGGAAGCAGUAAAGAAGCACAUACUGAACAUGUUGCACUUGAGGGACAGACCUAACAUCACCCAGCCGGUGCCCAAGGCAGCACUUUUAAAUGCCAUCAAGAAGCUCCACGUGGGAAAGGUGGGAGAGGAUGGCUAUGUGGAAAUAGAGGAUGAUGUUGGAAGAAGAGCUGAAAUGAAUGAAGUUGUGGAGCAAACCUCAGAAAUCAUCACUUUUGCGGAAUCAGGCACAGCCAAGAAAAUGUUGCACUUUGAGAUUUCCAAGGAAGGCAGUGAAUUAUCAGUGGUUGAACAUGCCGAAGUGUGGCUCUUCCUGAAGGUCUCCAAGGCCAACCGGAGCAGGACAAAAGUGACCAUCCGCCUGUUCCAGCAGCAGCGACAGCCUAAAGGCAACUCUGAAGGAGCAGAAGAGAUGGAGGAUGGAGGUCUGAAAGGUGAAAGGGGUGAGACUCUUAUUUCAGAGAAGGCGGUGGAUACCCGUAAGAGCAGUUGGCACAUCUUCCCUGUCUCCAGCAGUGUGCAGCGACUCCUGGAUCAAGGCAAAAACUCCUUAGAUGUGCGGAUUGCCUGUGACCUCUGCCAAGAGACUGGAGCCAGCCUGGUGCUUCUGGGCAAGAAGAAGAAAAAGGAAGAUGACGGAGAAGGGAAGGAAAGGGAAGCCGGAGAAUUCACUGGGGAAGAGGAAAAGGAGCAAUCGCAUAGGCCCUUCCUGAUGAUGCUCGCCCGGCACGCUGAGGACCGCCAGCACAGGAGGCGGAGACGAGGCCUCGAGUGUGAUGGCAAAGUCAACAUCUGCUGCAAGAAGCAGUUCUUUGUCAGCUUCAAAGACAUCGGGUGGAGUGACUGGAUCAUUGCGCCUACAGGAUAUCAUGCCAACUACUGCGAAGGAGAGUGCCCCAGCCACAUAGCAGGCACGUCCGGCUCAUCAUUAUCUUUCCACUCCACUGUCAUCAACCAUUAUCGCAUGCGGGGCCAUAGCCCCUUUGCCAACCUCAAGUCGUGUUGUGUGCCCACCAAGCUGCGGCCCAUGUCCAUGCUGUACUACGACGACGGCCAGAACAUCAUUAAGAAAGACAUACAGAACAUGAUUGUGGAGGAGUGUGGCUGCUCAUAGACACAUGACUCUUCCUUCUCUGCUACAUUGAGAAGCAAAUGUUGUAAAAGCCCAAGAAAAGGAAAGACCUGACAUGGUGUAACCUUUUUGAAUGAACCAAUCAACUGAAAUAAAAGCAAAAACAAAAAAAGAGAGAGAAAAAGAGCGAA